CAGGCGCUGACGGCGCUCCCUCUGUGGUGCAUCCGAACCUUCAGGGCCCCGGCUUCGCCCAAUGGCAGGGCGGGGGUUUGAUGUCGCCGUCCUAUAGCAACGCGAAAGGGGUGGGAGCGGAGCUCGGGUUCGGUUGGAGCUGCUGGAAAAAGGCCCAUACAUAAGGAUGCCUUAGAAAAGUACCAUGGACAAAUAUAUUAAGGUGCAAAAGAUUGGUGAAGGAUCUUUUGGGAAAGCAAUUCUGGUUAAAGCAAAGGAAAAUGGCAAACAGUAUGUUAUUAAGGAGAUCAAUAUAUCCAAGAUGUCGAAUAAAGAGAGAGAAGAAUCAAGGAGAGAAGUUGCAGUAUUGGCAAACAUGAAACAUCCAAAUAUUGUGCUAUACAGAGAAUCAUUUGAAGAAGGUGGCUGUCUUUACAUAGUGAUGGACUAUUGUGAAGGAGGAGACCUGUUUAAAAAAAUUAAUACACAGAAAGGUGUCUUAUUUUCAGAAGACCAGAUCAUGGAUUGGUUUGUACAGAUCUGCUUAGCACUGAAACAUGUGCAUGACAGAAAAAUUUUGCAUCGAGACAUAAAGUCACAGAAUAUAUUUUUAACCAAAGAUGGAACAAUACAGUUGGGGGACUUUGGAAUAGCUCGAGUUCUUAAUAGUACAGUGGAACUUGCUCGAACUUGCAUAGGAACGCCGUAUUACUUGUCGCCAGAAAUCUGUGAGAAUAAGCCUUACAACAAUAAAAGUGACAUAUGGGCUCUUGGUUGUGUUCUCUAUGAAAUGUGCACACUGAAACAUGCAUUUGAAGCUGGAAAUAUGAAAAAUCUGGUACUCAAGAUAAUUUCUGGAUCAUUUCCUCCUGUUUCUGUGCAUUAUUCUCAUGACCUCCGGAGUCUGAUUUCACAGUUAUUUAAACGAAAUCCUAGGGAUAGGCCGUCAGUCAACUCCAUAUUGGAGAAAAUUUUUAUAGCUAAGCGUAUUGAAAAAUUUCUAACACCCCAGCUUAUCGCAGAAGAAUUUAGCCAUAAAGUAUUUCAGAAGUUUGGACCUCAUGCUGGACCAGCAAAGAGACCAGCUCAAGGACAAAACUUGGCCUCUGCUGCACCAGCUCAAAAAAUCACAAAACCUGCUGCUAAAUAUGGAGUGCCUUUAAUGCUUAAGAAGUCUGAGGAUGCAGCUAAAAAGCCCUAUGAGAAGCCUUCAAUUAAAUGCCGACAGGCCCCUCCACCUCCAGUGAAGAAAGGGAAAGCAGUAGAAGAAAGGAGGAAAAUGUUUGAGGAAGCUGCUAAAAAGAAAAGACACGACAUGUUUGAGAAGGACAAAAGACAGCGUGAACAGAUCAGUUUCCUCAAGGCUGAGCAGAUGAGAAGACUUGAGAAGGAAAGGAUGGAAAGAAUAAACAGAGCCAGGGAGCAAGGAUGGAGGAAUGUGCUCAGUGCAGGUGGAAGUGGUGAAAUCAAGGCUCCGUUUUUUGGAGGUGGAGGAGCUAUUGUGCCUUUACCUGUGCCUGGUCGAGGACAAUAUGAACACUAUCAUGCUAUUUUUGAUCAGAUGCAGCAACAAAAGGAAAAUAUUAAAGUAACAGAGGGAAGAGAUGCUGAAUUGAGAGAGAAACAUGUUCCAGAACCUAUUGAAAGAGGACCACCUGGAAUUCAUGCAGGAGUUCCUAAUGGGCCUGCAGUUCAUCAUCAUUCACCUGAUGCUGAUGCAAUUAGGAAAAGAAUGAAAAGAUUGGAGGAGGUGUCUAGACAAGCCAAUGCAAACAGGCAAAAAGGAUGGGUAGCUGCAGAAAGAGCUAAACAAGUUGAGGAAUUCUGGCAACGGAAGAGAGAAGCCAUGCAAAACAAAGCUCGUGCUGAAGGACAUAUGGGCACCCUGCAAAACCUGACAGCUAUCUAUGGAGGCAGGCCCAUUUCUUCAAGAGGAAGGAAAGCCAGAAACAAGGAGGAAGAGGAAUACUUGGCAAGACUAAGGCAAAUUAGACUUCAAAACUUCAAUGAACGCCAGCAAAUUAAAGCUAAACUUCGUGGAGAAAAGAAUGAAGCUUGUGGUUCUCCUGUACAUGAAAUAGAUGAAGAAGCAGAGCUAAGGCGUAAGAAAAUUGAAGCGCUGAAGGCACAAGCAAAUGCCCGGGCUGCAGUCCUGAAAGAACAGCUAGAACGGAAGAGAAAAGAAGCAUACGAAAGGGAGAGGAGAGCUUGGGAAGAACAUCUGGUAGCCAAAGGGAUAAAGAACCCCAUGGGAGCUGCAGAAUUAAGUCCAACACAUGGCAAGCAAGAAGGUGGAGGUUCCCCUACCAGGCUGUUGAAGCCCAUUUCACCACAAAUCAUCUCCAUGACAUCCGCUUUGAAGGAAGUGGGUGCGGAUGAAAAUGCGUCGGUCAUCCAGGAAGCCUCAAUAGAAGCAAAACCUGAUGUUGCUUUUCAAAACAAGCGAAACAUACUCCGAAGACUGAAUGAAAACCUUAAAGCACAGGUAGAGGAAAAUGAGCCUAAAGACAUCUGUGAGGUAGCUCCGCCUGAUGAGAAGAACCAGCAUCAAGAGGAAAAUCAUCCGCUUCCACCUGAUCGUAAGAAAUGGGAAGCUGGGGCUCAACUUGUGGUUCCUCUAGCACAAUUAACAAUGGAAGCAUCUUUCACUGGUACAGAGGCACAGACAUUGGGAGAGGUUAUUAAGCUAGACGCUGCUGAACCCCAACGAAAAGUCUGGGGCAAAAGCCCCACUGAUUCAGUGUUGAAGAUACUUGGAGAGGCUGAGUUACAACUUCAGACUGAUCUGCUAGAUGACCUAAGUAUUACCAACGAAGUUUCAAAGGAAGCAUUAACAGUGAGAGACAACAGUGAAAUGAAAGCAGAAACUCAUGCCAGAGAGGAAUCGUCGACUGAAGUUGAAAAUACUGAAAAGGCAACACAAGAAAGCACUCAAGCAUCUGAAUCUACCCAGCUGACAGCCAGGCCUGAUCUGAUAAACGAGCCUGAAGACUUGGAAUCAGAAUUGUUGGAAGAAACCAAAGAAGAUAAAUGCAAAGCAAAUGUAUUCCCUGUCAUUGCUGAUGUGUGGGUUAAAGAAAGAGCAGAAGCAAAGGAAAUUGUGUCAGAAGAUCCUACUGAUAGUAGUCAAUAUGACAACGAAGAUCCUGCAGAAGAUGGGCUACUAAAAAAAAUGCCACUCCAUGAUGAAGCUUCCGUAGAUACCCAUGAUUCCAUGCAACCUGAACCCUUUUUUCAGAAAGUGGUACAGCAUCAAGCAAGAUUAACAGCUUUUCCUGUUCUGUCGGCACAGUCUUCCCUUGAUGAUUCCCUUCCAACAAGGUCACGCUCUGUAUCGCCAGAAAAAACAAAAGGCAAAAAUUCAUUGUUGAUAGGGCUUUCUACUGGUCUCUUUGAUGCAAACAACCCAAAGCUGCUGAGAACCUGUUCGCUCCCAGAUCUUUCCAAGCUAUAUAGAACACUAGUUGAUGUUCCCAGUGUUGCUGAUGUUCAAAAUCAACACAGUCUCGAAAUAGAUGACAUGGAGGAUGAGCCCAUCAAAGGAGAACAAUCUGAUUCUGAAGACAUUAUGUUUGGGGAGGCAGAUCCAGAUUUGCAGGAGCUUCAGGCUUCAAUGGAGCAAUUACUUAGAGAGGAGCCCAGCGAUGAAUUCAGUGAAGAGGAAGAAGCAACGUUAAAAGCUGAAUGCCUAGCAAAUGGUACAGAAGGGGAUGAGGUUGACAACAAUAUCAGCAGCCAAAGUGUGCUUAAUGAAGAAUGGCAUUCAGACAACAGUGAUGGUGAUAAUGCCAGCGAAUGUGAAGAGUAUGACAGCGUGUUCAGUCACUUGGAAGAGCUGAGAUACAACCUGGAGCAAGAAAUAGGCUUUGAGAAAUUCAUAGAGGUUUAUGACAAAAUAAAGGCUAUACAUGAAGAUGAAGAUGAGAACAUUGAUAUUUGCUCAACGAUCGUUCAUAAUAUUUUAGGAAAUGAACACAAAUACCUAUAUGCCAAAAUUCUUCAUUUAGUAAUGGCAGAUGGUGCUUAUCAGGAAGACAAUGAUGAGUAAAACGCCCUGGUGACAUUCUCAGCUGCAUGUAGGUGUGUGGAUUUUGUUGAGUAGAAUAAUGAGACACAAUGAAAAAAUAAUAGUUUAGUGGGGCAGGUUUAUAAUCUUGUUGAUUGCACGGAGACGGAAAAAAACAUGACACUUCACUGAAAGGCUGUUUAUAGAUUUCUUUUGACAUAUAGCUUCAUUCCUUCAACAGAUAACUGAAAAGGCUACAUUUCAUUUAAAAUGAGUAGCAAAGAAUAGAAAGGCUGACUCAGAAACAAUUUAGCGUUUGAGAGAUUAUCAUGUAUGAAUAAGCCUAUGUUGUAUUAGGCGAUACUGUUUGUUUAAAUCUAAGCUGUUAAAAAGUACAGUUCAAACCACGACCUUUUAAAGCUCAUGCCCACCAUUUGGGGAGGGGGGGGAAUCCUGUUUGGUACUAAUGAAAUUUUCAGAGACUUCACUUUCUGUUCAAGAGUUUAUAAUUUCUCUGUAAUGGCCCCUCAGGUCUUAAACACACAUAAUAUGAAAGUGAGCCUCAUUGAGAACAAUGGUGCAUUUCUAUAUGGAGUGGUUUAAGAUCAGGGUAUUGAGUAUUUCACCUAAUGUGUUUGUGGAGGAGUGUGUGUGUGUGUGUGUGUGUGUGUGUAUAGAGGGGGGGAAUGAAUACUCUUUGGAAAUAUCAGUAUUUUUAUCAGGGUCAGUUUAUUAUUUUCCCUCCAAUCAAAGCAAAUAGUGCAUCAUUUUUUAAGACUUCAUUUUAUUUCUGUCAAGUGGCUUAAGGAACGAGUUUGCAGCUGGAGGGAGAUUCUGCAAUUUUCUCCUAUAAAUAAAAGCAGCUUCAAUAUGAUGGGGUUUUUUCUCUGUAGUACUAUGUACUGGACUAUGCCUGCUGCUCAUUUUUGGUCUGUAAUUAGGACCAUCCUAGCAGUGGCUGAGAUGAAAGUUGCUACAAAUGUUUUGCUGGUGGUGUUUUGCAAACAAGCUAUGUAUCUUGCAUCCGGAUCUUCCAGAGGAAACAAGUUAAAUUUUACUUUAUGUGUUUGUUCUCUUUCCCUUCUUUCCUCCCUCCCUCUCUCCCAUGGAGGAAGGGGCACUUUAUGGGGGAGAAAACAAAUUCCUGUGAGAUGAUGACUUAAAAUAUUUUUAGUGUGCAACAGGUAAUAUCAGCGAGUGAGCUGACUCAGCUGUAAUGCUUAACAGCUAGUUUUUCUGUUGAAAAAGUAGCUCUAUGUCCCCUGGGUACAAUGCCAGGUGGAAUGUAUGUAUGUAUGUAAACUCACCGUGAUUCUAACACUACAUUUAAAAGUUGUUUUAUUUCUAACCACAUUAAAUAAAUGCUUGACCUUUUUGUAUGAUUA